GGAACACAGUAGUGUGUGUGUGUUGGGCGGCUGUGUGUGCAUAGACAAACAGUUGGUUGGGUUGUUUUCAAUACGCAAAUAAAGUAAUAAAACCUUAAACCCACUGGUGUCAGAGCACAAAGAUUAACCUUUACCAGCGCCCACGCCUGGCACCCUCCCCGUCGUGACAGCUCUCGUCCAUCUGUGGGAAUAAUCAAUACACACAACAACAAAGUCAUGGUGCGGUCUAGUGAUAAGCAACAACAGUAGGGCCACAGCCCAGCCCACCCGCCCAUCGCCAACGACAACGCAAAAAGCAAACCAACCAAACGAGCAACCCCUCCGCUCCCCACCCCCCAUCAAACCGCAUUGACAGGAAGAACAGCCAAAAGCAAUUACCAAUCCUUCAUCCCCCACACAUCCCCCAAGCGCACCUGCAAUAUCCGGUGCCAACAUGACACGCGAAGAACGUCAGCGAAUUGUGGACACGUCGAACAGCAGUAGCAGCGGCGAGGAUGAGGCGAAGCCAGUGGUGCGUAGGCGAAGCACCCGCGACACGGAGCUGGCACCGCCCAAGGACCCGGGCUGCUGUGAUCCCUCCAGCACGCCGCACCGUUUUCUGGCCUUGGUUUUCAUGUGCCUUCUGGGAUUUGGUUCCUACUUUUGCUACGACAACCCUGGGGCUCUGCAGGAUGUUUUCCAAAAGGAACUGGACCUCAACUCCACCGAGUUCACGCUGAUCUAUUCAAUCUACUCGUGGCCGAACAUUGUGCUCUGCUUCGUGGGCGGCUUCCUGAUCGAUCGCGUCUUUGGCAUACGCCUGGGUACCAUCAUCUAUAUGCUGAUUGUGCUUGUUGGGCAGUUGAUAUUCGCCACUGGCGGUGUCCUGGGACACUUUUGGUUGAUGAUCGUUGGUCGCUUUGUGUUCGGCAUCGGCGCAGAGUCGCUGGCUGUGGCCCAGAACAGCUACGCGGUGCUGUGGUUCAAGGGCAAAGAGCUGAAUAUGGUCUUUGGCCUGCAAUUGUCAGUGGCACGCUUUGGCAGCACCGUCAACUUUUGGAUAAUGCAGCCGUUAUAUGGUUAUGUGUCCAAAUCCUACGCUGGCUACACUGGACUGGGUGUGGCGCUGUUUUUGGCCUCCUCAACCUGUGUGAUGUCGCUGAUUUGCACUUUGAUUUUGGGCUGGAUGGACAAGCGUGCCGAGCGCAUUCUAAAACGCAACAACAACCCAGGCGGUGAGAUUGCCAAGCUGAGCGACAUAGUCACCUUCAAACUGGACUUCUGGAUGGUAUCCGUGGUCUGCGUCGCCUACUAUGUCGCUAUCUUUCCCUUUGUCGCCUUGGGACAAGCCUUCUUCGUGAACAACUUCCACAUGACUCCCGCCGAGGCGAACACUGUCAACUCAAUUGUCUACCUGAUCUCGGCCAUAGCCUCGCCAUUGUUUGGUUUCAUUAUCGAUAAGGUGGGGCGCAAUUUGACUUGGGUAUUCUGUGCCACCAUCUCAACGUUUGUGGCUCAUGCAUUGCUGACAUUUACCCACCUGGAUCCGUAUAUUGGUAUGAGCGUAAUGGGGCUCUCCUACUCCAUGCUGGCUGCUAGCCUGUGGCCACUGGUUUCGCUGAUUAUACCCGAAUAUCAGCUGGGUACGGCAUAUGGCUUCUGCCAAUCGGUGCAGAAUUUGGGCCUGGCUGUGGUGACCAUUGUGGCCGGCAUCAUUGUGGAUAGCAGCGGUGGCAGUCACUUCUGGCUGCAACUCUUCUUUAUGCUGUUCCUGCUGAUUUCUCUUUUGGCAACUGUUGCGAUCUGGGCGUACAAUCGCAAGCAUCAGGGCAAUUUGAAUAUGUCACCGUCACAGCGGGCCACGUAUCACACAUCGAUCUCAAUCCGACGCGCAACUGUGGAUCGACGGCCUCUAUUGGGCCAUUAA